AUUUAUAUGUUCACUCACCAUUGACCACAAAUUAUCUCUCUCAUUAAUAUUCGCAUAGUUUCUUGCCUAAACGACUUCCUUUUUCUCUCCCAAUCCCCUCUGCCUUCUUCUCUUCGUGUUGUUCUUUGAAUCGAUUUGGCUACAUUUCCAAUUUCAUGUAAAUUGAAGGUUACGUAAGCGCAUGUUCUUCUGCUGAAUUUCUGGUUUGAUUCUCUUUUGUGAUUAUAAUGUAACAGCAAAUUGAUUACUACUCUUUCGGAUCGUUCUCUCUGUUUAGCUAAUGCCCACUUGCUCUACUCUCGUCUGAAUCUAAGUUUUCAUAUCUUAGCCAUGAAUUCUCGUUAGUUUCACACAAGAAUCAAACUUUCUCUGUUUUUGGAGAUACCCAUUCGCUUGAAUUAAUAUAAAUUCUUGUUUUAGUCAAUGGGGACUCGUUAGAGUUUUGAUCUUUUCUCUGGCUUCCAUUUUUUCACCUUGAAACUUGUCUCUUUCUUCAACGUUCAUAACAUGUAACUGUUCUUGUUAUUUCCACUGCAUUCCAACUGUUUGAUGAAAUUCCUUUCUUUUUGCUUGAUCAAAGAAGUAUAUUAAGAUGAUGGAUCUGCUGUUUGAUCAAGUCAACCGUUAGUCGAGCGAUCUCUAUAGAUGGGGAGUGCUUUGCUAUUUCGUUAAUUUAUCAACUCAUUGACUACCAAUGAAUUCACUCCGUUAAUAUCUGUAACACGUAUUCUAUUUCACAUUCAUAACUUGAUUCUUUGAUUAUUCAAACAAUAUAUACUCAUUGAUUCUUUACUGACCCCCCUAAGAUGUAAUAGUAAUUAGCAAUUGCACAUAUUACAACUUUCAUCGAUUACAUGGGGAUCAUCACUCAUCACAUAACAACACACAGAUGACUAAAUAUAAAUAUUUCGAUCAUCACACUUUUAGUGAUGAAGCAAAAUCCCUUGUAUUUCUGCCCAUUUAUACACAUAUCUUCUGUAUGCACGUUUGAAUCGGUGUGUUCUUAGCCUCUCAAGCCUUUUCUUUCUUCGAUAAAGAAGAAAAACCAUCAUAUAUAUAUAUAUAUAUGUAUAUAUAUAUAUAUAUAUAUAUAUAUAUAUUAAAAGAAACUAUAUAAAACCAAAAUAUUGUAUCUUUAUGGAAGAAACAUUUGUUCCUUUCCGUGGAAUCAGUAACGAUCUCAAAGGAAGAUUACUGUGCUACAAACAAGACUGGACAGGUGGCAUCCGGGCUGGUAUCAGGAUUUUGGCUCCAACAACAUAUAUAUUCUUUGCUUCAGCAAUUCCAGUUAUAUCUUUUGGGGAGCAGCUAGAAAGGGAUACUGAGGGAAGCCUAACAGCAGUGCAAACUUUAGCAUCAACAGCAAUAUGUGGCAUCAUUCACUCGAUAGUUGGAGGGCAACCACUUCUUAUAUUAGGUGUUGCUGAGCCAACUGUGUUAAUGUACACUUUUAUGUUCAAGUUUGCUAAAGACCAAAAAGACCUUGGAAAGCCUCUUUUCUUAGCAUGGACCGCAUGGGUCUGUGUGUGGACGGCUUUUCUGUUGGUUUUGCUGUCUAUUCUUGGUGCAUGUUCUAUUAUCAAUAGAUUCACAAGAAUAGCUGGUGAAUUGUUUGGUCUUCUAAUUGCAAUGCUUUUUAUGCAACAAGCUAUUAAAGGAGUUGUGGAGGAAUUUGGUAUACCAAAAAGUCAAAAUCCCAGUCAACCCGCAUUUCAACCUUCAUGGCGUUUUGGAAACGGAAUGUUUGCAUUGGUUUUGUCUUUUGGCCUUCUUUUAACUUCUUUAAAAAGCCGUAAAGCAAGGUCAUGGCGCUACGGGACGGGAUGGCUAAGGGGAUUCAUUGCGGAUUAUGGAGUCCCUCUUAUGGUGGUUAUUUGGACAGGUGUCUCAUACAUACCAACUAAGAAUGUUCCGGAAGGAAUACCGAGGCGACUUUAUAGUCCAAAUCCAUGGUCUCAUGGUGCUUAUACAAAUUGGACUGUUGCAAAGGAUAUGUUGAAUGUUCCUCUUGUUUAUAUCAUUGGAGCUGUUGUUCCAGCCACCAUGAUUGCAGUUCUCUACUAUUUUGAUCACAGUGUUGCAUCUCAACUUGCACAACAAAAUGAGUUUAAUUUAAAGAAGCCACCUUCAUACCAUUAUGACCUUCUUCUUUUAGGCUUUUUGACAUUAUUAUGUGGGCUAAUUGGCAUUCCUCCUGCCAAUGGAGUUAUUCCACAAUCUCCAAUGCACACAAAGAGCUUAGCCACCCUAAAACAUCAGCUUCUACGAAAUAAACUUGUAUCCACAGCUCGAAGAAGCAUACGCCAAAAUACAAACUUGGGUGAAUUAUACCGAAAUAUGCAACAAGCAUACAACGAAAUGCAAACUCCACUCGUAUAUCAGAAUCCAUCAACUCUGGGAUUGAAAGAGCUAAAAGAAUCUACAAUACAACAAGCGUCGAGUGGUGGUUACAUGGAUGCAGCUGUUGAUGAAAGCGUGUUUGAUGUAGAUAAAGAUGUCGAUGAUUUAUUGCACGUUGAAGUGAAGGAGCAACGACUGAGCAAUCUGCUACAAGCGGUGAUGGUUGGUGGUUGUCUGGCUGCGAUGCCGGUUCUUAAAAAGAUUCCGACUUCGGUUCUUUGGGGUUACUUUGCUUUCAUGGCGAUUGAAAGCUUGCCUGGUAAUCAAUUUUGGGAACGAAUCUUAUUACUUUUCACUGCUCCAAGUCGAAGAUACAAGGUGUUGGAAGAAAAUCAUGCGAGUUUUGUAGAAAGUGUGCCAUUCAAAACAGUUGCUUGGUUCACAUUGUUUCAAACGGUUUACUUAUUGGCUUGUUUUGGCAUAACAUGGAUUCCAAUUGCGAGUGUUCUUUUCCCACUUUUGAUCAUGCUGCUUGUUCCUGCAAGACAAUAUUUGCUUCCAAAACUUUUCAAAAGCGCACAUCUUCAAGAUUUGGAUGCUGCUGAAUAUGAAGAAGCCCCUCCCACCACCUACAAUAUGGCAUUUCGUGAUGAUGAUGCUCAAUCAAGAACAUCCCAAAUGGAUAGUGCAGAGGUUCUUGAUGGAAUCAUAACAAGAAGCCGAGGAGAGAUCCGUCAUUCCAACAGUCCAAAAAUAACAAGUUCAACCCAAACUCCCCGACAAAUGCUGCCUGCUUAUAGUCCACGUCAGCAAACUUACACCAGUCCAAGUCAGCAGCAUACUUAUAGUCCACGUCAGCAGACUUACAGUCCACGUGGAAGGAGCCCAGGAUCGGUUGGAAAAGGGAUAGAAAUCAAGCAAACACCGAGUCCUGGUCCAUCAAAUCUUGGUGAAAGCUCUUCUUCUUGAAAACUUUUGAGUGCUUGAGAGGUUUCUUAUUUGUGUAAAUUAAUUAUGUUGUUAUUGUGAUAUAAGAUGUAGAAUGUUGUGAGUGUUUCUUUUUAAUUUAAUGUAUGUGUGUGGUCUUUGGGCAGAAAACAAGUCAUCAAUUUUAUAAUGGAAUAAACUUUUUUUUUAUUGUUC